UCCAAUUAAAAAAUUACUAUAAAUUACAACAGUGUAUUAUAUGCAUAAAAGAAUUAUGUUUAUUUUUUACUUUUUUAUUAUUUAAGAGCCUAUUGUGAAAACAAUUUUAGUUUACUAGAUAAGCAUAGAAUAAAGUAUUGAAAAGUAUUGAGAACGGGCAGGAAGUGGUUUUAAACGAGAAAGAGUGAGAGAAUAAGAGGAAGAAAGGAAGAAAAACAACUUGAUUAUACAUAUGAUAAAAAGUUCGAAGAAGCGUUAAUUUUUGUCUAUAUUAUAUAUACAUAUAUGUAUAUAUACAUAGACAUAUUUUUUAUGGAUUAAGUGGUGUGUUUUACUUUGUAAAAAUCUGGAAGAUAGUGAAUCUUGCAAGUGGUUUAUCGUAAUUUACAUCUUACCCAUGAUAUUUAAUCGUAGCAGAACAUGGUUUUAACUACUUUUAAUGCAUGCUACAUAUUAAGUACCUUCGAUGAUAUAAAAGAGCUGACCAAAUUACCAUCAAUAUUUCUGAUAACCGAUGAUGUAAAUAGAUGUUAAUUAUAAUUAAAAAGAUUAGAAAAGCUCUGAUUUAAAUAGAUUGAUACAUAAUUAAUAAUCAUGGGUUCUAUAACUAUGGAAGAAUGUGAACUUAUGAAAGAUUCCAAGUAUCGUGUCUAUGUCUCAGCCGUAGAUAAGGCUUUGAAAAAUUUUGAAUAUACUAGCGAAUGGGCAGAUCUUAUUUCUGCGCUUGGAAAAUUAAACAAAGUAUUAUUGAAUCAUAUGAAGUUUCCAGUUAUUCCAAGAAGAAUAAAGAUAUCUAAGAGAUUAGCACAAUGUAUGCAUCCUGCUUUGCCUUCUGGUGUUCAUUUAAAAGCUUUGGAAACUUAUGAUACCAUUUUUAAAUGCAUGGGUACAAAUAGACUCAGUCAUGAACUUUUUAUAUAUAGUGCAGGUCUUUUUCCAUUAUUGGGUCAUGCUGCUAUGAACGUAAGACCAUCUUUAUUGACAGUAUACGAAACUCAUUUUGUACCUCUUGGAGAAAGACUAAGACCAGGGUUGAGUGGAUUUCUAAGCGGUGUACUUCCUGGUUUAGAAGAUGGUUCAGAUCAUUUUGAUAGGACUAAUUCUCUGUUAGAGAAAGUAUGUGAAGGAGUAGGCGCAGAACAUUUUUAUGCAUGCUUAUGGGAUUGUUUGGCUUCAAAUUCUGGAAUACGAUUACCAGCUAUAUCUUUUGUACUGUCACAUUUAAAUAAGAAAAUACCUAUGGAAGAGCAGAAGUUUAUUAUGGGUACUGACAGCGAUAUUAUGAUUACUGCAUUAUGUGCUGGAGUGCAAGAUAGUUCAGUUCUAGUACAAAGAAGCGCUUUGGAUUUAUUACUGGUCGGUUUUCCUGUACACAAUAGUUUAUUGUUAUAUAAGGAUAUGGUAUUGUUAAUAACAGCUGCUCUUACCACAAUAUUGAGAAGAGACAUGAGUUUAAAUAGACGUUUAUUUGCAUGGCUAUUGGGAACCGAAGUAAAUCUAUCAAUCUUAAAAACAAAAACUCCUUCAACUACUAAUGAAGUCACAGAGCAUAAUGUUACUUAUUUUGAUACAUAUGCAAAAGAAAUGUUAAUCGAAGCUAUCAAAUCAUUAUUGAAAAAUAGUUGCAAGGAAAAUCCUCAAGAUUUAAAACCAUACAGAAUAUUGGUUUCAUUGCUAGACAAAUCAGAUAUCGGACCAAUAAUUCUAGAUGAUAUUUUGUUUGAAAUUUUUAGAACUUUUUAUAUUGCUUGUGGACAGUCAAGUAAAAUACCGAAAACCAAUGAAGUUGUCAAAUCAGCAAAUUUACUAUUUUCAACAUUGGAACCAUCUUAUGUUUGGAUACAUUGUGGUUUUUUGUUUGAAAAAGCUUGCCAAGCUAGAAUUAAAACCCAGUGCGAAAUAAAAGAUAUGAUUGUUCAAUCUAUUGGUUGUGGAAUGCCAAAUUUAAUUGAAAUAUGUGUAUUAACAGAAUUCCUAUUAGAUACUGUAUCAUUGGACACAUUCAUAGAUACUCCUUCUGACCAUUUACCUACUUUAUUUUACAAUAUUAUUAGUAAAUUGUUGUGCCAUAUUGAUCUGCUUUCUUGUAUGGAAAUCUCAAAGAGUCUUCAACUAUGUGCAAAAAUUUUAUCUAAAGUGCAACCAACAGUAGUGACAAGUCAAACGGGAAAACUUGAAAUAGAUGCUAAAUUAGAUUCUUCUCAAAAUAAUGCUAUUACAAGCAGCAACGAUAAUUCUUUAAUAGCAAUUCCAUUGGAAAAAAGUCAAUCAGAUAGUAAAUUAAACAAAGCGGAUGCUAUGAAUAAUUCUUACAAUGAGAAAAGUCCUAAUCUUCGAAGAAGGGCUAAUUCUGGUGGUACUACUAAAAGAAUAGAAAAAAAAUCGAAGAAAAAAGGAAGUAGAAGUAUUUCUAAACUGAAUGACGCUACUGUAACGCAAACUGAUGAUAUUAAUGUUUCGGUAACGAUUAAUGAAGAUUUUAAAUUAUUACCAAGAAAUAAAAGUAUGGAAAACAUACAGACGGAUUCUGAAAAAACGGCCAAAAAUAUAUUGGAAGAAAAAUCAAGUAUAUUAAAAAAUAAUUCCGUACAGAACUAUAUGGAUUCAACUAAUUCUUUGAGAAGAGAAACAUCUCCAGCAUUUCAAGCUCAACAUUCUAUGUUAGAAAAAUGUUUACGCCAAUAUGAAAUUUUUUAUGUGAAAUUAAUCAGCAACAGGGUACUUUCAAAAGAAAAGACUGUACAGAAUAUGUUUGAUGAUUUAUUAAUUUCUUCCCCUAGAGAAAGUUUUAACGAAAGAAUGCAUUAUUUAGAAUUUUUAUUAAACUCCAGAUUAAAUUUAGAAGAUUCUGGAUUUUUUAGUCAAGAUGUAUCCGUUGUCGAAGAUGUUAAAUGUUUCAAUAUUCUCCACUCAUAUACCGACACGAUUGCUCAAUCUGAAUGGGAAGAAUCUGUUAAAAUAGCAUCAAGUUUACUCGUUGAAUUAUCUACUUUUCCGAAAUAUUUUCUCUCUGGGGAUGGUCUAUUGUUGGAAGAUGAGCCAAAAGGAGCAAUUGUCCUUCCAGAUUGGUUAAAGGUGUUAAUUGUUUGUGCUUGCUGGUUAGGGAAACAACCAACAUUGCAAUUAACGAGCAUUGCCACAUUGCUAGAUUUAAUAGCAUUGUUAAAGGUACAUAGUGAUAUUGAAAUACAUCCUAAAAGUGGAGAGGGUGUAACAACCGUAGUUAUGAUACCAUUAUUAAAACAGUGGCAAAUAACUUAUCUAAUACAAUACACCAACGUAUUUCAGGUGUUAGCACAUUCUUUGUGGCAUCAUCUUGGUGAGCUGCCUGCUCAUAAAUACAGAAUGAGAUGUGUUGAGUUGAUGCAUGAAUUACAUCAUGCUUUACAUGAUUCCUGUGAUGCCGUUGAAGAUGUAAUAGGAUCUGCACUUGUAUCUGAUAAUAUAGAGAAAAAGAUAGAGGCAUUUAAUAGAUUUGCAACUUUAUGGCACCUUGGUCGAGAAAUUGAAACAAAUCCUAGACUACGUGGUUGCUUACGAGCAUUUGAUCAGUCGUUGUUAAAAAUGUUAGAUAAUCUUCAAUUAUCAGAUAAUUCACCACUGAAAUUACUUGCCCAAUCAUGGCUUCUUCAAUCGCUUAUGCGAGGAGACAUUUCUCGUAUAUUGGAUCCAUUAUUAACUAUGUUAUUAGAUCCAUCUACGUGUCGUAUGAGUGUACUUCAUGUUAGUAUACAACAUAGUAAUACUGUUUUAACAAAAAACGAUCCAGUUGAAGAAAAAUCUGAAAUACAAGAUGAUUCAGAAGGUGCUGCUAAAAUAUAUGCGAUUAGUUCCGUAGAUGGUAACGUAAUAUAUCAUGUUAGCGAUGGCAUGAAUGAGGAUAAAAAAUCGAAAAAAGAAAAAAAGAAAAAAAAAUCUAUAAAUCCUGUUAAAGUAAAAAGGAUAUUUGCUGUUACAACAUUAGCUACUGGCGAUAAUUGUAACCAUUAUAUUACCGAACGAAAUCAAUUUAUGAAGGAAUUAGAAGUACCACCUAGUAUUUCUGGCAAUCGUAAAAUCUCAGUAUUUGUUAAUCCUCUGUCAAUAAAUUGUAACGAAAAUUCAAAUGAUUCGUUAACAGAAGACGAUUCUUUUUCCAGUGUAAAAAAAUCAAAUUUGACUACAGAAAUAUUAAAAAAUGCUACCAGAUUUAGAAAAAUAGAUUUUGAUAAAGGUUCCACAGCUAGUCUUGAUGAAAGUCUCUUUGAAUCUGCUAAUUCAAGUCUCAAAGGAAAGGAUAAAAAUGCUUUAAAAAAAAUGAAUGGCGAAAUGGGCUCGUCGUUAGAUUCUAUUACAAACAGUUUUGACUCUAGUAGCCCAGAAUUGAAUAAUAAGCAAACUAAACAGAAAAAGGAUCAUAUUAUGAUAUCGGGCGGUUCAAGAGAAAUUGCAGGGACUAUUUUAAAAGGAAAAUAUCAAAGUACUAAUGAAUUUACAACAGGCUAUGAUGUGCACGAUGUAGGAAGCUUUGAAACCAGCGCUGAAGUUCCUAGUUGGACAAUGGAUGGCGAAGAAGGUGAUUUUGAUUUAAGCACUACAGCAGAAGAAUAUUUUAGUAAUUCUAGUACUACCAGCAUCGUAGAAGAAAUAUUGAAUGAAGUUCUCGAUCGCGUAAUGCAAAUAUGUGAUGUUGAAACUAGUAAAACCACGAAUGAUGUUGUACAACAUAAUGUAAAAGCUAAUCGCAAUUCUGGAGUAGGUGUUCACAAUCUUCACUCUCACAUGCUUCUUUAUUGUGGAGUAUAUGAUUCAACAAGAACUUUAUAUGCUUUACGUACAUUGAGAAAUGAACUUAUAACAAAUACUAGAAUGUUUUUGUGCUGCGCAGCUACAACCAGUGUCACUAAUGCUACUAAAAAUACAAUACUAUUAAAUUUAUUAGCUAGACAUAGAAAAAGUGUAUUUGGAAGAAAUUUUCAUGGUGAUAUAGCUAAUACAGAAUUUAUAGCUGCAUACAGAAGCAGCAUGUAUUUGGAAGUUUUAAUUAGUGUUUGUCUUUAUUUUGCUAGAAGUUAUUAUCCUAAUUUAGGACAAAUGAGACUCACACAAGAAGAAAUUUCUGGAAACCGACAAGUACAACUUGCAAGCGCAGAACUAUUGACUCUAAUAUUCUCUGAGCUUAUUCAUAUUGUACGAGAUUCUGGAAAAGGUUUUAGUUGCUAUAUAGUAGAUUUACUUGCAAAAUGCAAAGUUCAGAAAGUUGCGCUUCAUUGUCUUGUAUCAAGUGUUAUGUGUAUGAAAAAUGCAAAUAAAGAAAAUGAAGAAAUCUUUACAUUCACAGAAGAAAUAAUAUCAUUUAAUGAUCCAAUUAUAGAAAAUGAAAUGAAUAAAUGUAAAUAUAGAGCAAGUGAUCACACUGAAGCUUUUCAAAUACAACUGUUGAGGUUGUUGUUAGCCUUGAUAAUGUUAGAGCAUCAAUGCAGUAUACAAAAAGGAGAAGAAAUCGGUGUUAUGACAUCGUCUAUACCAAGUACUCCAACUCGAUCCAUUUCAAAUUUAACAGCUAAUAACUUGAAAUAUGUACCUGGUAUUCCAAUUCCGCAACAGUCAAUGUUUCUUAACAGUAUUCUUAGUGCAUUACAAUUGGAACAUAUGAGACAUCUGCAUCAACAUUGGACAACUCUUGUUACAUCUAGUCUUCCAUUUAUGGGCUCGUCAUUAACAUCAAUUGUAACAUCAGUGAUUCAUCAACUAUGUUAUAAUAUUGAACAUUUAGCUUCUUAUUAUAUCAGUGAAGAAGCAACUUUGCUUUCAUCAAAGUUGCAAGACAUAAGCACGGUUGAAUGUUGCUUACCUGCUGAUUAUACAGUAAUGCAUUUAGAGGCACUAACAUUUUUGCUUCAUUAUUGUUUGUUGGAUACGUCGCAGCAAAUUGGUUUCUCAUUUAAUCAACCAUUAAGUGGUACAGUUCAAACUGGCGUACCUGGAGCAAAUCCUGGACAGAUUUUUAGUAAUCUCAUCCAUGUUUUUAUGCCAAGUCCGCUUUCUCCAGAACUUAUGUCAAAGGAGAAGAACGGGGCAAAUGAAUUACAUCAACAUGCAAGAAGAACAGCGUUAAGUCAUUUACCAAGAAUAAUAGCUUCGCUUUCAACUUUAUGGCAAGCUGUUUUAGCUACAAAAGACAAUGAACAAGCAACAUGUGUAGUCGGCAGUCCAAGAAUAGUAAAACAUCAACUAUUAGAACUUCUAUCACCUAUAUCUUUCCAUCAUGGAGUAAACUUUCUUGCUGCAGUUGCAGUUGCUUGGCAUGAAAGGCGACAGUCUACUACUAUCUCAAAGAAGGUACUUCCAGAAGCUUGUCCAAAUCAACAAGUAAUGGUACAUUUAGUUAGUGCUAUACGAGUUAUACCAAUUGAUACAUUAGUUCAAACAGUACAUCAAGUAGUGAAAACACCACCUCCGAUUCAUGGUGUUAAGCAAGAUUUUUCAUUAGAAGUUUCUGUACUAGAAUUACUCUAUGUUUACAUGCAAAGUAAUGCCUCACAGUCACUUAUUGAAUCAUGGGCAUCGUUACUUGGUUUAUUGAAAGAUGGUUUGUCCUUAACAGCACCUGCUCAAUUUCUAUUAUUAGCAAUUUUAAAUGAAUAUGUACAAAAAUGUCCUCCUAUGCAAGAGAAAAAAGAUAUUAGAGACUUACAAGACGUAUCUGCAAAGUUAAUCGAAUCAUGUUCGCAAAUAGCUGGAGCAUGUUUAGAACAAACAACAUGGUUAAGAAGAAAUUUAGCAGUACGCGAAGAUGUUUUCGAAGUUGUCGAAGGUUCCUCAGAAGGUAAAGAAGGCAAAAAUGGUUCUGUAACACCAGGCACACCUCCAAAUGUAGCUUAUAGUGUUCAAGCGCAAGCAGUGUUAGCUGAAAUAUUAGCACCGUUAUUAGAUGUUAGUUAUGGCUCACAAGAAAAAGAAAGAGUUGUUACAUUACUCACAAAUCUUAUGUACAAUGUUACUCCGUAUCUUAAAAAUCACACAAUGAAAAAUAUAGCGUCAUUCACAGCCUGUUCUCAAUUAUUAAGUUCUCUUUCCGGAUAUCAGUACACUAGAAAAGCUUGGCGUAAGGAUGUGCUUGAUUUGUUACUUGAUCCUGCAUUCUUUCAAAUGACGCCUGCAUGUUUACCAUAUUGGAGAACAAUUAUAGAUAAUUUAAUGACACAUGAUAAUACUACCUUCCGAGAUUUAAUGAAUCGCGUUUCGAUGGCACAAAGUAGUGGCAUUAGCAUAUUUUCUACGAGAGAACAGGAAUACGAACAAAAAGCUCAACUUUUGAAGAGAUUGGCUUUUGUAAUUUUAUGUAGUGAAAUGGAUCAAUAUCACAAAUAUAUGCCAGAAAUUCAGGAACGACUUGCUGAUAGUCUACGUCUACCACAAGUUAUUCCAUCGAUUCAAGCACAAGUAUUUUUGUGUUUUCGAGUAUUACUUUUACGAAUGUCACCGCAACAUGCUACUUCCUUGUGGCCUGUUAUAGUCAGUGAACUCGUGCAAGUCUUUUUGUACAUUGAACACGAACUAAACACAGAUAGCGAGGAAUUUAGUCGUCAGAGCAGUUCACAUAUAAAAGUUAUCUCUGUUUUGGAUUCUUCUUGGGCUAUAAAUGCUAGCAAUGGUCUACAAGCUCAUGGUCAUCCACACUGGUUACAGUUACAACUUGCUGCUGCUAAAUUAUUAGAUCUUGUGUUAUUACUUCCAGCACAUAGAUUACCUCAAUUCCAAAUGUAUAGAUGGGCAUUUGUUGGAGGUGCCGCAGUUGGAUGUUCAAACAAUAAUAAUCUCUCUUCUGAUUUCGUGCCACACAUAACAAGGAUAGCAAAGCUUAUGGAUAACAAGUACAAGCAGGAACCACCUGUCUCACAGAUAAAUCCAGGAGAACUGAUCUUAACAUCAAAUUCAAUACGUUCGUUGCAAGAUUUACAUCAUUUUUUUAUAUCGCUGAGUCGUAAAUCAAAUAACAUUUGUGCUCUUGUCAAUAAUACACAAUUAGAAAGUGUAAUAGAACAAGACUUUUUAGAAAAAAUGCCAGCCAUACCUACGAGGUAAUAGGAAUAUAUAAAUUUGAUUAUUUAAUUAUCUUUCAAGCAAGAAAGAGAAGAGAUAUAAUUCAGAGUUUUUAAGAUUCUUUAUUCUUUUAUAUCUUUUAAUAUGAUAAUAUGUAAUUGUUAAUCAAUGUAUAAGAUAAAGAAAAAACAAAAGAAAAAAUUACUUUAUCCUUUAUCUGCUUAAUCUACUAUUAAUUGUUUUAAAAUUGUAAAGCUUUGUUAUAUACUAUAUACUAAAUGUUAAAGGAUUCAAACUAUUAUAUAUAACAUAAUUUACCCCAAAUUACUUUUAUUUUGUAUUGGCUAAGCUCCUCAUUCGGUUGUGAGUAGUUAUUCAAACGUAUGAUGCACUAUAAUAAGAUUUGACUGGGAUAUUUAUCCAUAGUGAUAUAUUGUUUAUAUUAUAAUAUUUGUGUAAAUGAAAAUAAUGCUUUAUUAUUCAUUUACAUAAUGUUCAUUAAUAUAGUUCUAUCAAUUGUACAGCAUGAUUUUUCUAUAUGUCGUCUAUAUUUUCAAGCUAGAAAGAUAAUAAUUACAAAGAGAAAGAUGUUUUUACAUCGAGUUUAUUUUUUCAUUACUGUAUAAAACUAUUCUUAAAUGUAAAAACAAAAAAGAAAUAUAUGUAUACAUAUAUAAAUAUUACCAAAAGAAAUAAUAUAAUUAAACAAUGCUCACGUUAUAAACAAAAUUAUACUAUAUAAGAUCGUUCAUGUAACUAAAAAUAAUUCGAUAAUAUUUCACAUAUAUUCAUUUUAAUAAACAAUUUAGAUCGAUAUUAUAAUAUUUUGUAGAAAAUAAUUGAAUUUUAUUUAUGAAAAUUAAAAGUUAUGUUUAAAAUUUUUAUAAGUUAUUUCAAAUGUCUUAUAUAUAAUUACUUUUACAAUAUUCGUUGCAGAAUUAUUUAAUUAAUAUUUAUAGAUUUAUCGAAUUGGAUCUAGUUAUUUCAAUUAUCUUGUAUAAUGUAAUAUAAUAUAUGCAUUUGAAAAUUGUCUAUUAGUAAAAAAUUCAUUAAUACGUUGAGUGCUACGUCAGUCCCCAGGGACUGACUGAAUUUUCCGUUUAAGCGGCAUGGGUCUGACUGAUUGUCUCUUGGUGUUCGUCUUUUUGCUGCCUGAACGGAAAGCAUACCAAAAUCGGCGUCACACUCAACGUGUUAAAUUAAAUUUAUAAAAAUUGGUUAUAAAAAAACACACACACGCACACACAUGUAUGUAUGUGUAUAUAUAUAUAUAUUUGUGGGUAAUAAUAGAUUUUUUGUUUGCGCAGUGAUAUGUAGAACGAUUAUAUAUAUUACUAUUUUUUCAAAUUUUAUUUCUUUAAUAUUAUUAUUUAUCGUGAGGGUGAAAGGCUAGCAACUUACCCUCGGUAAAAACAAUAAAUCGCUCCCGGAAAUAGCAAAAAAAAAAAAGCUAUUAUAACAGGACGAAGUCCUAACAAAAAGUAAUAAUAGUAGACUAUUUUUUCAAAUCUUAUUUCAAUGUUAAUGAAUGUGUAAAAAAUUGUAAAGAAAAAAAAAGAAAGAGAAAAACGAACAAAUAUUUAGAAUUCUUUCAUGUUAAUCACAUUUAAAUAUUGUCUUCUCAGAAAUAAACAAUUUUUGCUACCACAAUAAUAUAUAUAUAUAUAUAUACAAAUAUCUUUCUCCCACCGAUGUGUACAUGUACCUAAUAUAUAACAUUUAUAUGGAAGAGCUGCUGUCUGAUUAUUUUUAUAUUUGCAGUAAAGUAAAUGAAAGUAAAAGAUUAUAAUUGUAAUCAAUUAUAUAUUAAUUAUGUAGUUAUGUUUAUGAACGAUUGUUUUAUCCAAUUCUAUAAAGAAGAGAUAUGAGUUUAUUAUGUAAAUGCAUUUGUUGUACAAUUGCUGGUUUUAUCUAUGUGAUAAUGUGCAUUUGAAUAUGGCGAAAGGAUGAAAGCAGAUGAAUUGUAUGAUAAAAAAGUGUUUACAUAUAAAAUUCUCCACAUUGAUUUAUAUUCAAGCAUUGAACAUAAAAUUUCAAUUGAUUUGAAUAGAAAAAUUAUAAUGUAUAUAUAUAUAUAUAUACAGGAUGUCCUAUAACUGGUGGUACAAGCGAGCACGGGGUAAUUCUACAUGAAAAACUAAGUCAGUAAUUUAGAAUAGUAUUUGUUUGUUUUCUUUUCUUUUUAAAUAAGUUUGAAAAUGUGUCCAAUAUACGUGUACUUGAUUGAGUUUCAACCCUGGAAAUUAAAAGCAUUGUUCGAUAAACAUAAGAGUAGAACUAAUGCAAAAAAUAUCAUCAUAUUGAGAAUGUUUGUAAACAUAUUAAUAAGUAUAGAAUACUUUCCAAAAAAACCAAGAGUAAGAUAGCGAAGUCCGUAGAGAUGAAAAUGAAUCAAGUGUGAAAAUGAAGCACGUGUAUUUGAUAAAUUUUUAAACUUAUUUUUCUCUAAAACAAAACCUAAUAUGAACAAACUUUAUUCUACAUUCUCGAAUUAGUUUUUCAUGUAGAAUCGCCUGCUUUCUAGUUACACGACACCAUAAAUAUUAUUAUGUAAUAUGGAAAGUAUUAAAAAUACUUUUAAAAAAUG